AUUCUUGAAUCACCUAUCUAAUCUUAAUUCUUCAAUUAUUUUGCUGUCAUUAUUCAUCUAGAUCUCAGCAUCAAAAGUUUAUCAAGGAUGUCAAAGGCUUCAUCAAUAUGGCUACCAAUAUUCUUCUUAUUUGCUCAACUCUUUCAUGCUUCACAAGCUGACCUUGGAACUGCCAGCCAGUAUAAGCCACCAUACACACCAACGGCAUGUUUUGGGAGUGAUCCAACACAAUUUCCAUCAAGCAACUACUUCGCAGCAGCAGGGGAAGGAAUAUGGGACAAUGGAGCAGCAUGUGGAAGACAAUAUUUGAUCAGUUGCAUUAACUCAGUGUUGCCCAAAGCUUGUAAAGCUGGAGAGACAAUUCAGAUCAAGAUUGUUGACAGGGCAAAAACCUUACAAUCUAGGCCAACUAAGGAAGGAACCACCAUGGUUCUUUCUAAUGCUGCUCUUUCUGCCGUUGCUCUUCCAAAUACACCUUCUCUCAAUAUUGAUUUCAGACAGGUGUAGAAAUUUGGUACAGACGUGGGAUUCACAAUCCAUAUAUUCUAGAAAAUCUGACUUAUAUCCAUAGUGUAUUCUAGAAUGAAACUUUGAUUAAUCCGUCAGUAUUUAUUAGUCAUUGACUAAAUAUACGUUGAAUCGACAAAAAAAUGUCAUUAAUGUAAACGAACAAAUUAUUGAUUAGCAGUUUUUUUAGAAAAUUGAGACACCUUCAUCUGCAGGCAAAUGUCAUAUUCAAAUCGUUUUUUAUAGUAUUAAAAAUAAA